AUGAAACAUUUUGUUAUCAAAGCCGGAAGGUACAGUAACGUGGGAUUUUGCAUUAAGGAUCUGUAUAACCGAAUGGACGAGGAACGUAGAAAAGAUAUUUUUAAUGGCGAUGCAGAAGGGGCACUUGGGUUCUUGGCAGCGAAGAAGGAUGCCGAUAACAUGUUCUUUUAUAAAUAUCAUGUAGAUAACGAAGGAAGAUUGGCAAGGUUGUUUUGGGCAGAUUCUAAAUCUCGUGUGGACUUCAGUAUAUUUGGAGAUGUGUUGGUGUUUGAUACGACAUACAAAACAAAUAAAUACCGCAAGCCACUAGUUGUACUUGCAGGAGUAAACAACCAUUUGAACAGUACUGUUUUUGGUUGUGCACUGCUAUCAGAUGAGAGGAUUGAAACAUAUGAAUGGGUGCUAAGUACAUUUAUAGAGGCUAUGAAAGGUAGAAAGCCAGUAGCAGUGAUGACAGAUGGGGACAGUGCAAUGCGAAGAGCCAUAAAGAAUCUUCUCCCGGAUGCUUGUCACAGGCUAUGUUCGCGGCACUUGCAUAGAAAUGCACGGAGUAAUAUUCGCUGCGAGGAGUUCAAUAACAGGUUGUAUAAUCUGAUGGCGAGAAAGUGUAGUACUCAUGAGUUUGAACAUCGGUGGGCUAGGUUAGUUAAUAAAUGUGGGGUGGGAGAGAAUGACUGGGUGAAAAAGUUGUACCGGAGGAGAAGGUUAUGGGCAGAGGCCUAUUUGCGCAGUCGUUUUUUAGCAGGAGACAUGGUAUUCGUGAAUGUGGGGAAUGCUGGCAACAGCUUGUCAUGGUGCAAAAUAAAAUUUGAUUCCGUUACCAUUGAAGUGGAAAUAAUGGUUGAUGCACAGAAGCAUCACCAGAUGCAUGAGAAUUGUGGUUGCAUCCUAUUGUCUGCUGUAGCAAAUAGUGCUACUGCACUUGCUUAA